GGCAAAAUGCAGAAUUUUUAGUAUAAAUAGAAAGAUAAUAUUCCACAGACGAAUAAUAAUCAAAGAAGUCCUUUGAAAAUAUCAUGCAUUUUAAGACUCUUCUCUUUGUUCCAAUCUUCCUUGGAAUUUCCAAAGCAGCAACUCUUGGUACUGGGAGUCGUAUUGUAAAUGGAACCGAUGCCCCACAAGGAAAAUAUCCUUUCCAGAUUUCUCUGCGAAUCUUUGGUGCUCAUUCCUGUGGCGGUACCAUUCUGAACGCUGAAUAUGUUUUGACGGCGGCGUACUGCGUCGACAGAAGCGCUCCUGAGAGCAUGACUGUAGUCGCUGGUUCCGUGGUUCUUUCGGAAGGAACCUCGCACCAGGUUACUGAAAAAAUUGAGCACGAAGAAUGGAAUCCAUACAUAUCAACCAAUGAUAUUGCAAUUCUCCGAGUCACCCCUGCUUUUGACUUCAGUAACCCUUCAAUUGCCCCUGUUUUUUUGCCUAGGCAAUAUGAACAAACCGUUGCAGGUGAUGUCGCGACCGUCAUUGGAUGGGGAAUUGACUCGACAGGUGGAACCAUUCAAGAAGUUUUGAAAGAGGUAGACCUCUUUGUAUAUUGUGACGAGGAAUGCUUUGACAUCCAUGGCUUCAGGUACAACGCGAAUAACGUUUGCGCUGGCGUCCCAGGGGGUGGAAAAGGAGAAUGCAAUAAAGAUUCCGGUGGCCCGCUCAUUGUUAAUGGAACACAAAUUGGCAUUGUUGCCUGGUUUAUAGAGCCCUGCACUAUCGCUCCAUACCCUGACGUGUACACUCAGGUUUCAUCUUUUGUAGACUGGAUUAAUUCUAAAAUUAAUGCUGUUAAUGACGACUGACGACCAUUUAAUUUAAUUUAUGCAUCUAUUAAAACACAUAUUAUCGUAUUUUUCUUUUGAUCAAAAAUAAAUUAUAUGAGAAGAGGUCGAUGGAAAGAAAAAACAGACUUUGCUUCCAAUUGAAAGCUCAUUUUUUAAUUUGCCAGAAAUUCCAGUUUUUGUUUUAUACAAUUUCUUACAAUUUUUGGACUACUUUUUUUAUAAUUUCUGUUUUUCCAACUUGAAAAUUAAUGCUUCACACAAGAAAACGGUGAAUUCAGGAUGUUAAAGAAAUAAGGAAAAGUCAAAUUAGAGCCAAAAUAUCUGACCAACACAAUGUGAAAGAAAAUAAUGAAAUUAUACGGAAAAUAAAAGUGAAAAAUAAAAAAUUAAAAAAGGCCGCAAGUAAAACGAC